AUGAGGUCUUGCUACCUCUUCGUGCCUUUUGUGGGUGGUGCGCUACCUGCCGGUGUUGCUCCCGUCUCGGGUCUCGCAAAUCUAGGGGCCGCAACACAAGGUGCUCAUGAACUCGAGGACGAGACAUCAGGGAGACUUCUGAGGGCGCACAUUCUUGAAAAGGAAGAUCAAGAAAGUAGAAUGAUUACUGGGUUCGAGCUCGUUGAAAAAGCCGAUUUCGUCCUUCACGACAACCUGCAUCUCCUCAUGCCCAACCUGGACGAAAUCAAAGCGAAAGCUCUCCCUUUUUUUGGCUUGUGUAUGCAAGAACGUCAUCUUUCAGAACAACAGCGUGUCAAUACGUUUAACGAGAUACGACGGCGGGCUGUGGCCGAGAGACUUCAAAGUGUCGAGCCUAUUGAUUGGAACGCGGAAGCACCCAAUGUGCAGGCCGUGUUCGCCUUGCAGACUCUUCUGGAGAAACAUGACGAGUUCUAUCUGGCGAUCUCACUAGCGUUGGCGAAGAAAACGUCACGUCACAUACCGGAGUCGAUGGCUAAAUUGGCUGUGGAGUUGGAAAAGGCGCAGUUUGGCAUGUGGAAAAAUCAUCGCUUUUCUCCUGAAUAUGUCAGUGUCCAACUUACAAGCUUGUCCGACUUUGUUGAAGCCGCCGGUGAUCUCGCCCUCAUAAAUGAGAUCGUAGCGGAAUACAUGAGACACGCCCGUCAUUAA